AGUAAACUAUGAGGCAGCUCAUCAUUAGAUUCCGACGAGCAGCAGCAGCAGCUUCGGGAACGGCUGGGACGGCGAGUGUAUUUGUGGUACCCUGUCAGCAGCAUACAAGGCUUGUCUCGCGUACGAUCGCCAACAGUGCAGCGGCAUACAUAAAGUCGUCGACAACCUGUUCCUUCGCUCAGACCGCAACAUUGGCGCAGGGUGUAAAAAUGUUGGGCGCACGUAAAACCUUCACAGAAGACUUCUUCUUCAGACAGUUGUUUGAUGAACAAUCCCAUACCUACUCUUACCUGUUGGCGGACAUCACGACAAAGGAGGCCAUUCUGAUCGAUCCCGUACUGGAGCAAGCAAAGCGAGACGCUCAGUUGAUCAAGGAGCUUGGAUUCACGCUAAAGUAUGCGCUGAAUACUCAUAUGCACGCGGAUCAUAUAACAGGCACGGGAUACUUAAAGCAACUGCUACCAGCGACGGUAAGCGUAAUAUCGCAAAACAGUGGCGCCAAGGCGGACAAACAUCUGGUGGAUGAUGAAACGGUUCAAUUCGGACGGCAUGUGCUCAAGGCAAUGUGUACACCCGGACACACGAACGGUUGCAUGACGUUCGUGGUGGAGGAACAGGGUAUCGCCUUUACCGGAGAUACGCUGCUAAUACGGGGUUGUGGUCGCACAGACUUCCAGGAAGGUGAUUCCCGAAACCUGUACCGUUCUGUGCACGAGCGCAUCUUUACAUUGCCGGAAAAUUUCCGACUAUUCCCAGCACACGAUUACAAAGGUAACAUGGAAACUACUGUUGCGGAGGAAAAGCGUUACAAUCCCCGGCUUACCAAGGAUGUGGAAGCCUUUGUAGAGUUGAUGGACAACCUUAACCUGCCUUAUCCCAAAAUGAUUGAUAAAGCGGUCCCGGCCAACCGCGAAUGUGGCCUGUACGACAUACCGAAGGAGGCUUGAAAUAAUGAAGAUACAGGCGUUGGUGUCAUCAGCUACCCCAAAAACGUAUACCAGUAUCAUCACGUUUGAUUGUACAUUGCUCAGGGAACUGCCCCAGUUUUUUUCAGUUCCCCAGUAUAGCGUCCCUUUUUGUUUGCCAAGGAAAAUAUUUUGAAAAAAUGGUAAGGAAGAACUGGAAGAAAGGAAUAAUAAUCCAAAAACACACCACAAAGUACGAUAUUAAUGAAUAUUGAAAGGAAUUUAUGGAAAAGAAAAAGAUAAAUUAUGUUUUUUUUCUUCUUUGCUGCUUUAUAUUAGCUUUAUUUAAAUACCCUCAUGAAAUGAAGUUAAUGAAAAAUAG